AUGUUUAAAAAGAUAAUUGAUCUGGGAAGCUCCUAUAAGUUUUCAGUCCUUACGGCGGGAAUAUGGGGAGAUUAUAAACAACCAAUACUGCCUCAAGAGGAAGAUCAUGCAGUUGUGGCCGAUGAGGAAGAUCAUGCAUUUGUGGCUGAUGAUAAAGCACCAUCUGAAAAGGAUGAACCGGUUGAGCCUGUUGUGAAAAGAAGUGUCAAGAGAAAGGUGAAGGAUCCCGGUUAUGAGUUCAGGAAGCAACAACUUCUUUGCCAACGAACAGCAGAGCAGAGCAGAGGUCUCGAUGAGGAAACGAAGACCUUUAUUACGGGAUUGUUCAACACUUCCUUCACCACAUUGAAGGAAGAGCUUCAUAAGCACGUUGAUCAUCGCUUUGACAAGCUCGACGGUGAGAUUGCACAACUCAAGCAGACAGUGACAUCGGUUAUAAUGUCAAGAGAGGAUGUCCCAGCAUCAACAAGUCCUACUCCUUCGAAAGUAAAAAGCCCUCGUCCUCAGCGAAAGGUAAACAAGAAAUGA